AUGGAGUUUCCUGAAGGUUUUAACCAGCUAGAGCUGCUAGAAACCCACGGCCACAUGAUUCCGGUGGGGACGGAGAGCGCCUGGGACGAGGACGAGGAGUGUGAGGACAGUGGUGAUGAUGAUGAUGAAGGUGACCACAGUGAGGAGUGGUAUCUACAGCAGGAACAGAGACGAGAAGAUAACCCAGCAGAGCUGAUGCUCUGGGCCGCUGAGAGGAACCGACUGAUCACGGUGGAGCGCCUGAUUGGUUCCGAUCCGUCCCUCGUUAACUGUCGCGACGACGACGGGUACACUCCCCUCCACCGGGCGGCGUACAGCGGCCACGCCUCCCUCCUGUCCUUCCUCCUGGACUCCGGCGCCGACCUCCACGCCAGGACCGCUGACGGCUGGACGCCGCUCCACAGCGCCUCCCGCUGGGGGCACGCCGCCGUGGCCUCGUCUCUCCUGCGCCGGGGGGCGGAGGUCAACGCCGUGACGGAGGGCCGGCUCACGCCUCUGCAGCUGGCGGCGGGAAAUCCUGCGGCGGGUCAGACCCUCGAACUUCUGCUCUCGCGGCGCACCCUGCAGGCGGGACUGAAGAACAGCGCCGGGGAGACGGCGUCCGACAUCGCGCUCCGGAAAACCGCGCACUACGGUCUGUUCGAGGCGGCCGAGCCCUGCAACAGCGUCGUCCCAUGAGAAUAACCGGAAA